AUGCGGAAAGCGACGCCUCGGCGUUUUUUUUCUGAUGAGUCAAUAAGUCCAGAUUUUAACGACCAUGAAAACAAUCUAAUCACAGAACUUGACGAAAAAACAGGUGCUCUGAGGCCAAAAAUUAAUCCAAACAAGAAAGUCACUCUGCUAUCCACAAUAAUUUUAAAGAAAUCUAAUGCUGAAAAUAAUCCUAAACAUGAAAGGAAAAGAAAAAUAAUUUGUGAAAAUGAAGAUUUAAUCCAUAAAAGAUUUUGCGAAACUACGAAACAUGUUACUGGGAAAGAUGAUGUGACAAUUUUGUCACAAAUAAGAAAAAACCCGGACAAUACUGCGAGUUAUGAUUUAAGAGAGAGUUAUUUAUUUGGAAAAGAAGACCCGAUAAAGGAAAUAAGAAGUAACAAAAUUGAGACUGAUAAAAGAAAAAUCGACCAGAACAGGGAAAACAAAAAUGAUACCAAAGAAGAGAUCAAAAAGAAUUUGAAAGAAAAGUUUCUAAUAGAAGAGAAGCACAAAAUUGAGAUUGAAUGUACUAAGAAAGAUGAAAGCAAGGAAAUUCUAAUUGUUAUCGCAGAAGAAGAGAGAAAAGAAGCUGAUGAAAAUAAAGAAAAUUAUACAAUUGAGACUGAAUAUAAAAAACAACUUGAAAGCAUGAGAGGACAAAAUAAUACUGAUGAAGUUUUACAAGACGCAGAUAAAUAUAAACAUAUGGAGAAAACAGAUUUAGAUAAAAUAAACAAAUCUGAGAAUUUAAAAGAAGAUGAAAGUGACAAGAAAUCGAAUACAAAGGAAGAAGGAAAAAAAGCAAGAGUGAGAGUGAAGAAAAUAGGCAGAACUUUAUUUUAA